GUUCACACGCACGCACCCUGAGUUUGUAAUUCAAGACUUCUCUUAGUUGUGAUUUCCCUCAUUGGGCAAGAGAGAGACAGGGUGAGGCAACAAAUAAGCCAGUGAGUUCAUAUGUCAGAGUUCCUCAUCAGCCUCUUCCUAGAGACAUUGUUUAAGGGCAGAGGCUGGCAAAAGGUAAAGCAAACUCCAGCCAUGGCUAUGGACAACUUUGUUAGGGAAAUAGACAAAGCUUUUGAUGCAGCUAAAGGGAAAAAACCUGAGGAGCUGCUGGUCACGUACAAGGGGGUGCUAUACCCUAGUGCGAUGUGUCGCCCUGAGACCUUCCAAGCAUUGGACAUCAUGGAAGUUAGAAAAGAUGAUGUGUUCCUAGUUGCUUAUCCUAAAUGCGGAACAAAUUGGGUUCAACACAUUUUAAAUGACUUGACAUCUGCAGUUUCAAACAAUAAGGAGGAGGUACCACCAAGAGAGCAUAUUCCAAUGCUUGAAUUUGGAGUGCCAGAAAAAUUUCAGAAAAUAAAAAGUCUUCCUUCGCCACGUGUUUUUACCACACAUCUCCAUUAUGAUAAUAUUCCCAAGGCUGUUUUUGGGACUAAAGCAAAGGUACUGGUGGUAUUUCGAAAUCCAAAAGAUGCAGCUGUAUCCUAUUACCACUUCUACAACAAAAAUCCUGGGCUUCCAAAUGUCAGCUCGUGGGAUGAGUUCUUUCAAAAGUUCAUGAGUGGAGAAGUCUGCUGGAGCUCAUAUUUUGACCAUGCUCUUGCCUGGAACGAACACAUGGAUGAAGAGAAUAUCAUGAUCAUCACAUAUGAAGAAAUAAAAGAGAACUUACUUGGAAGAGUGAAACAAAUAGCUGAAUUUUUGGGGUUCUCUCUGCCUGAGGAGAAGAUUCAGUCUAUUGCAGAGAAUGCAACAUUCGAAUCAAUGAGCAAUAAAUCCCAAGAAACACAUGGCAAAUUUGGUUCCAUCAUUUUCAGAAAAGGUACUGUUGGAGAUUGGAAGAAUCUGUUCACUGAGGCUCAAAGCCAAGAAAUGGAUGCCAAAUUUGAAGAAUGUUUAGCAGGAACAAAACUGGGAGCCAGGCUAAAAUAUGAUAAAUACUGCAAAUACUAAAUCUUUGACUAUCAGAAUAACAUUAGCAUUUACUCAGAGACAUCAUCUAUUUUACUACCUUUUGUUUGAGAAUGCAGAGAUUAAAAUAAUUAGACUUUCACGCAAGGAUUUGCACACAAAAAAACAAAAAACAACCAAACCCGAGAUACAAUAAAUAAGGCUAGUGGUCCAAA